AAAAUAUCUAUCUAUAUUGUUAGAUUGAGCAACCACUUUUUCUCUCCUCUCUUAACUAUUUUCCUUAUUCCAAUCCAAUAUUAAGGAAUCACCAAAAAAUUGUGAUACAUGGCUGCAACUAAUGCUUCAAUCUUUACUUCAACAAAACCUUGCUUCUCUGUCACACCCUCUCUUCCUACUCAUACCAUAACAAACACUUUUGGUAGUAAUUUUUUGAAUGUUUCAUUACCAAGAUCUUCUUACCUUAUGAGGCAGAGACAUGUGAAUGUUAGACAUGUAAUCAAUGCUGCUUCUUCUGUUGCAACAAGUCCUACUGAGGAGAUUCAAGAGUACAAGCUACCUUCAUGGGCUAUGUUUGAAUUUGGGAAGGCUGCAGUUUACUGGAAAACCAUGAGUGGUGUCCAUCCUACUUCAGGUGAAAAUGUUAAACUUUUCUAUAAUCCUGCUGCAGCAAAACUUGCUCCAAGUGAAGAAUUCGGAAUUGCUUUUAAUGGAGGUUUUAAUCAGCCGAUUAUGUGUGGUGGUGAACCAAGAGCUAUGCUAAGAAAGGAUAGAGGAAAAGCGGAUUCUCCUAUAUAUUCCAUUCAAAUAUGUGUUCCUAAACAUGCAUUAAACUUGAUCUUCUCAUUUACAAAUGGAGAAGAUUGGGAUGGUCCAUAUAGAUUGCAGUUUCGAGUUCCCAAACCCUUGCAGAACAAGCCAAUAGAAUUCUUUAAUGAGGGCUUGGCAGAGGAACUAGGUAAAGAAGGAGCAUGUGAAAAAGCAAUAUUUCCAGACACAACUACAGUUAUAGAAAAAUGUGCUAUGAUUGGUAAUUUGUCAAAAGAAGGGGGUGAUCGCUGUGAUCUGAAUCUUGUUCUUGGGUGCGUUGAUCCGAGUUCGCCUUUGUACGAUCCACUAGCCAAUGUAGAUGAUGGAUCAUGUCCAAUUGAAGUGGAUUCUGACUCUGAGGAAUAACAAACAUAAUACUUUCACAUAUGAAAAUUCUCUUCCAUCAUCAUGCAUAUUGUUGUAACUUGUUUAGUACAUAAAUAAGAUAUUGUAUAAUAAUACACACAUAUAAUUACAUA